CGCGCGGGGCGGCGCCGGGCCUCCUCAUUCCACCGCCGGCAUCCGUCUGUCUCGGGUGGAGUCAUGCUGAACUGAAGGUGCUGAUGCAAUAUGUUGAUUGUUCUAUGAGAACGAUAGCCCUGCGCAUCAAGACUAGUACUACAGAGGUCGUUGAGCACUAAGAUAUAGCCUAUUCUGUUGUUUCAAAAUAUGGGUUCGAGGUUCCCAUCACAUCAGCUUAGCAAUGGCCUGUAUGUCUCUGGCCGACCUGAGCAACCAAAAGAGAAGGCGCCAACCAUUUGUUCUGCUGCGAUGCCAUACACUGGUGGUGAUAUCAAAAAAUCUGGAGAGCUUGGGAAGAUGUUUGAGCUCCACGCUGUCAAGUCAAGAAAAUCUGGACCACUUAGCAAUGCACCUUCGAGGAAUGCAUCAUUUGGAGGCGCUGCAUCAAAUUCUGGACCUGUCUCUAAUGCUGGGGAUCGUUCCAACUACUCUGGUUCCCUUCCAUCUUCAGUUCCUGGUGCCAGUGUAUCAGCAAGAGCAAAAUCUAGUUCUGGACCUCUCAAUAAGCAUGGAGAACCAGUAAAGAGGACAUCAGGUCCUCAGUCUGGAGGAGUGACCCCAAUGGCGCGGCAGCAUUCUGGCCCUCUCCCUCCUAUACUUCCUACAACUGGACUUAUCACAUCUGGGCCUAUCACAUCCGGACCACUGAAUUCGUCUGGUGCUCAAAGAAAAGUAUCUGGACCUCUUGAUUCGGCUGCAUCCAAGAAGUUGCGGGCCACAUCCUUUUCUCAUAACCAGGCUGUUACUAAAAUCACCACAGAAGACAGUUACUCGAUUACAGGAAGCCUUUCAAAGCUAAUACUAGGGGCAGUGGGUGUGCUCUUUGUGUUGGGGCUCAUAGCAGGUGUCUUGAUUCUUGGUGCUGUUCACAAUGCAAUUCUACUGAUAGUUGUUCUGGUACUAUUUGGUUUUGUUGCUGCACUUCUUAUUUGGAAUGCAUGCUGGGCAAGGAGAGGUGUGAUUGGAUUUGUUGAUCGCUAUUCUGAUGCUGAUCUCAGAACUGCUAAAGAUGGACAGUAUAUCAAGGUUACAGGGGUUGUUACUUGUGGAAAUUUCCCUCUCGAGUCCUCGUAUCAAAGGGUUCCUAGAUGUGUGUACACUUCAACUACCUUACAUGAAUAUAGGGGUUGGGGCUCAAAAGCUGCCAACACCCAGCAUCGCCCAUUUACUUGGGGACUACGUUCAAUGGAGCAACACGCAGUUGAUUUCUACAUCUCAGAUUUUCAAUCUGGGCUCCGGGCAUUGGUGAAAGCAGGAUAUGGUGCCCGAGUGACCCCAUUCGUGGAUGAAUCUGUUGUUAUUGACAUCGAUCCUGACAACAAAGACAUGCCUGAAUUUCGAAGAUGGCUGCGGGAAAGGAACCUCUCGAGCGAUGAUCGGAUAAUGCGCCUAAAAGAAGGAUACAUUAAGGAAGGAAGCACCGUGAGUGUGAUGGGGGUUGUUCAAAAGAAUGAGAGCGUGCUGAUGAUUGUUCCUCCACCAGAGCCCAUCUCAACUGGUUGCCAGUGGGCCAAGUGUGUCCUCCCAAGAGAUCUUAAUGGACUGGUCUUGAGAUGUGAGGAUACCUCAAAUGUCGAUGUCAUAGCGGUCUAGCAAGCUGUUUGGACUUUGGAACUUAGAAGAGCUGCUGGUGAAGAAGUGCUUUUUAAAUGUUUUGAUUUGGGUUUGUUUCACGGAAUGUUAGAAUUGAGAAAAAUGUACAAAUGUUGGGUAUGAUCAAGGCGUAGUAGUAGAGGCUGGCUGGUUAAGCUGUGGUUUGGCUGUAUAGUCUUAUCUUGUAUUUUGUCCUUUCUUGUUCGUUCACUUAUAUACCUGGGUUAUGACCUCUGAAUGCUUGUGAAAAAUGAUGGCUUGAUUACUACGAUUCAGCUGUUUGAUGAGUUAGUGAAAUUGAGUAAAUAACUA